AUGGCAUUGGUCCAUGUCCUCGAUAACUAUUACCUGGCCAUCAGUUUCUUGAUUUGCUUGGGAUAUCAAGCCAUAUUCUUCGCAAUCUCUGUUGGGUUCAAGACUGAUCAGUUGAACGAUGUUGCCGGAGGUACCAAUUUUGUCCUACUGGCCAUCAUUACGGUCUCCAUGUAUGGCCAGCACGAAGCCCGCCAAAUCGUCGACAGCAUCUUCAUCAUGAUUUGGGGAGCACGUCUUGCUGGAUUCUUGCUUUUCCGAAUCAUCAAGACUGGAAAGGACGACCGCUUUGACGACAAACGUGGAAAGUUCCUGCCGAUGCUGGGCUUCUAUACCUUCCAAACGCUCUGGGUCUGGACCGUUAGCAUGCCUGUAACUGUGUUGAACAGCCCAAUUGUCAACCAAUAUCCCCAACCUGCUUUCAACAAAGCCACUGACAUUCUGGCCGUCAUCGGUUUCGGUAUUGGUAUCAUCAUGGAGACUGUCAGCGAUAUCCAGAAGUACAGAUUCAAGCAAAACCACAAGGAACGUGGCGCUGUCUGCAACGUGGGCUUCUUUGCCUGGUCUCGUCACCCCAACUACUUUGCUGAGAUUCUCAUCCAAUUCUCCAUCUAUAUGCUCGCUGUGACUCCUGCAUCUUACAACUACGUGCAUGGCGGUGCAAAGGCAGCUCUGUUCUCCAGCGUGGUUGGGCCAGUCUUCUUGACUACACUGCUGAUGUUCGUGUCUGGUCUAACCUUGCAAGAACGCCCUGGAGCGAAGAAGAGAUACGAAAAGGGUGAAGGCUGGAAUGAGUAUGCUGCUUACCUGCAUCAGACCAGUAUCCUCAUCCCCUUCCCACCAGCUCUUUAUAAGAGAAUGCCUGUCAUCCUGAAGCGAACUUUGUUCCUGGAGUUCCCGAUCUAUGUGUUUGAUCCAGCAAAGCAUGCGGAUCAAGAUGCUGCACAGAGACAUGCAGAAGAAGGACACAACUGA